AAACAGUCAUGACACAUCUUCAACAUAAGGAAAAGCUACUUCCUUGGAAACGUUUUAUUUGCUAACCUUGGGGAGAGGUUUGCUCCUUCUUAUGGUUAUCAUUUUGAGAAGUAAUUUAAAAGCGUAUUGUCUUGGCUCGCAGGAAAUGUCAGGCACUGAAUGUGUGCGUUAGGUGACCUACAGCUAGCUUUCUAGCUCGGGAGCUAAAAACGUACGCGCUAACGCUAGCUAACCGAGGGGACCGAAUAUGUAACAUUUAACGUUGGAGAGCCACUUUUAUCAACAACAACAGCUGGAAGAGAUACGUGAUAUCGCCAGUAGCUGUUAUAAAGUAACUGCUCAAACAGACCUAUAGAGACGGGAAUUCUCUGGAUACAGACGAAAAUGAACACAUCCUUUCCAUGGUUUCCCAUGAACCUCACCUGGAGUGGGAGGGUGUUGUGAAAAGGGAAAGAGGAGGAAGGAACACAAGGGGAUUAUAAACAAGAGUCAUGAAUCUCCAUCAGGUCCUCACUGGGGCUGUCAACCCUGGAGACAAUUGUUUCUCUGUUGGCAAUGUCAACAAUGUGCCAUUCACGGCUUAUGCGUCAGGUUGUGACGUGGUGAUUUUGGGCAGUGACUUUGAGCGUCUGCAGAUCAUCCCGGGGGCCAAACAUGGCAACAUCCAGGUCGGCUGUGUGGAUUGCUCACUGCAGGGUGGACAGAUUGCAGCUUCCUAUGGAAGCAUCGUGUGUGUCUUUGAGCCCGUUCAGCCCCCAGAUCAGAAGGACACAUCGCCGCCUAAGUUGAACUGCCAGUGGCAGAAGACUGGUCAAUUUGUGUUGAAGUCUAUGGUACGGAACCUGGCCUGGCACCCCACAGGCAGCACCCUCCUAACAGGCUCUAGUAGCCUCCAGUUGUGGUCUCAUAUAGAUGAAGUGAACGAUGAAGCUGAAGAAGGAGGAAGGCAGAAAGAGAUGACCAUAGGAGACUUUCUUUCAGCCUGGAGGUGCAUCUGGGAGAGCAAGACAGCCUCUCCAGUGAGUUUAAUGAAGUUCUCUCCUGAUGGGGAAUUCUUUGCUACUGCUGGACAGGAUGACUGCCUGGUAAAGGUCUGGUACAGCACCGGUAAGUGGAAGUUGGGUGUUUCCAGACUCUUCACACCUCCAGAGCCCAGUGACAGUUUCCAGGCAGAGCUGGCCUUCUCCUUUGUCUACCUGGCCCAUCCCCGCUCUGUAACUGGCUUCUCCUGGAGGAAGACCAGCAAGUACAUGCCACGAGGUGCAGUGUGUACUGUUCUGCUCACGUGCUGUAAGGACAGCGUGUGUCGGCUCUGGGCAGAGACGCUGUUGCCGGGUGACAGCCUCCUCUCAGGUUACCACAGCAACCACACUUCUGGCCAACACAAUGACACACCCAGAUCUGCUGGCCCUUCUUGGAAAAACGCCUGCAAUGGGAAGUCGCAAGGAAAAAUGGCACAGGGAUCAAAUUUUCAAGAAUCAUUGCACGCCUCCUUUCAUCGGGAUGUCCCCAAGCCCUCUUUGACUAGCUGCCUGCCUCACAACCAGAGCCGACACUACAACCACAAGAGGAGCAGCAGCAGCAUGCCCCACGCCAACGCGCUCUGCCACUUCCACAUCGCUGCCAGCAUCAACCCUGCUACAGACAUUCCUCUGCUGCCCUCCAUCUCCUCUCUGAGUGCCGCCGAUGAUGAAGAACCUGGAGGCCCUUUUACUGUCCACUGGCUCAACAACAAGGAGCUUCAUUUCACUUUAGCUAUGGAGGUCUUCCUACAGCAGCUCCAAGGCAGCCUGGAGCAACAGAACGAAUGCUCCAACGAAGAGCCUGAGGAUGAGGAGAACUGUGAUGAAGAUAAUGGAAGCAGGCCAGGCGACUCCCAGGAACCUGAGGCUGUGGAGCUCCCCCUGGCAGCGGUGAAGCACCAGGUGAACGUGCUGCUGGAGGAGUGGAACAAAGGGGCGGACAUGUUGUUCAGUAUCCAUCCCAUGGACGGCUCUCUGUUGGUCUGGCAUGUGGACUGGUUGGAUGAAUACCAGCCAGGCAUGUUCAGACAAGCUCAGGUUUCCUUUGUGUCCCGUAUCCCUGUGGCGUUCCCUACAGGUGAUGCCAUCUCCUUGAGCCACAGUGUGGUUAUGUACGCCUGCAACAAAAACGUAGAUCUGGCUAUCCAACAUGACAGACAGCGACCACCCGGGAGCACAUUGCCUCAAACCAAAUCGGCUCUAAUAAGCUACAGAGGCCAAGGAAAAACUGCACCCAGCAGUAGUCUUCGACUGAGCAUCUUCACCCCAAACGUCCUCAUGAUCUCCAAACACUCUGACGGCUCCCUGAACCAGUGGGCAGUCAGCUUUGCCGAGGACUCUGCUUUCUCCACUGUGCUCAGCGUCUCUCACAAGUCACGGUACUGUGGCCACCGCUUCCACCUCAACGACCUGGCCUGUCACUCUUUGCUCCCUCUCCUCCUCACCACCUCGCACCACAACGCCUUGAGGACGCCCGAGGCAGACAGCAUCCUGGCUCCCCCCGACACCUACUCCUCUGGUUUCUCUCACCCUGCGUCUCUGCCCCGAGGGUCACGGCCCAGCAGGUCAUCCCUGGGUGUAGUUUCCCAGGAUCCAAAUGCCAUCUACAGCGAGCUUAUAUUAUGGAGAGUAGACCCCGUUGGCCCGCUGUCUCUGUCAGGCGGGGUGUCUGAGCUUGCUCGGAUCAAUUCUCUCCACGCAUCAGCGUUUGCUAAUGUAGCCUGGCUGCCCACGUUCAUCCCCAGCAGCUGUUUAGGUGUGUACUGUAACUCUCCCAGCGCCUGCUUCGUGGCGAGUGACGGCCACUCACUCCGGCUGUAUCAGGCUGUUAUCGAAGCUAAGAAACUCCUGAGUGAGCUCUCCAAUCCUGAGAUAUCAAAAUAUGUCGGGGAGGUAUUCAACAUCAUCAGUCAGCAAUCCACAGCAAAACCAGGGUGUAUUAUAGAGCUGGAUGCCAUUACGGACUUUCAGGGGAAGCAGACCCAGCUUCUUCAUGUGUUUGAGGAGGAUCUGAUCCUCGGCAGUGAGAGAACGGAGGACACACAGGAAACUCCUGAUUCCCCUCACACUGCCUCAAGCGAUACAGCCUUCUCUGCACGUUUCUUCCUUGUUGUGGUCGAAUUGACCCCGACAGGUCGCUCGCUCCUCCACAUGUGGCAUCUCCAUCUCGCUGCCCGACCCAUCACCACGGAAGAGACCUUGACGAAGAACGAUUCCAGCUCAGCUUCUGAUAUGAACAGCUCUACGUUUAGCUUUGACACGGUCGGUUCUCCAGUACCUCAGAAGAGUAAACCCUGCACUUCAAAUCUGCAGAGUGCCUGUCGCCUCAGCCUCACAACACACAGGCUCUACAGCCAAGAGAUGGCUCUGCCAGAAGGGGUGGAGGCCAUCAGUGUGACACCUUCAGCAGGUCACCUGAGCGCAUCAUGCUCUCUGCCAGCUGAUCGUCUGCCUUACCUGCUCGCUACUUCCUGUUCAGAUGGAAAGGUGCGUUUCUGGAGGUGUACAGUCAUGGAGCCUUCAAGUAUGAACAACCUGGUGUACCAGUGGGAAGAGUGGCCUCUGCUGGUGGAGGGAAUGCUUCCUAACAGCAGCGCAGUGAGCGUGCAAGGUCAUCCCAUAGAGGUGAGCUGCUGCCACUCGGGACGGAUCGCUGUCGCCUACAGGCAGACACCAAACUCCCCUCUCAACUCAACACCUUACCUGAACUCUCAGGGACUUUUGACUUGUCCUCCUACUCUGGCCUGCUCCCCUUUUAUAAACAGUAUCAACACCCACAUGACCCCAACUGUGACUGUACAGCAUAGCCCAAAUCUCACCCCCAGCCCCAACCAAGCAAACACCAAUGAGCCAUUGGUCCACAUCAGCAUCUUUCAGUGCGAGUCCACUGGUGGCUCACAGUGGAUUCUAGAGCAGACCAUAGUCCUGGACAGCACAGAGAGUGCCAAUAUCCCAGGUGCCAUGGACUGUCCUAUACCUAACCAGUACUGUCCUGCCUCUAGUAGUGCGAGCCUGGUUCAUUUGGACUGGGUCUCGCAAGAAGACGGGUCACAUGUCCUCACUGUUGGUAUCGGCACGAAGAUUUAUAUGUACGGCCGUCUCUCUGGGAAACCUCCAGAACUGGGUUUGUCAUCAGAGGCCGGUAGAGACCUGAGCUCGUCCCGUCUGGUUCUACUGCGCUCAGUCAAUCUGGUCUCCUCUGUGGAAGGCUCCUUACCCAUUCCUGUGUCCCUCUCCUGGGUGAGAGAUGGCAUUUUGGUAGUAGGCAUGGACUGUGAGAUGCACGUCUACUCCCAGUGGCAGCCCCCGGCCCCACUCAAAGCCAGCGUUGCCCAGGACACAGACAUGAGCAGCAGCGUCUCCUCCAUCAUCUCUGCCGUCAGACAGAGCCAGGAGGAGGGGCUCAGCUCUGGGGCCCCCAUGUCUACACUGCCCCUUCCAAAAAGGGCCCUGACGAGAUCCAUGAUGAGUCUUGCUCAGAAACUCAGUGGGAAGAGAACAGCUUACGACCUGCCGCUGGAGAAGGAAGAUUCUGGGCUUUUUGAAGCAGCUCACCAACUCUUUCCCACUCUGCCCCAGUACCACCCUGUACAGCUGCUGGAGCUCAUGGAUCUCGGGAGGGUUCACCGUGCCAAAGCCAUCCUGUCCCAUCUGGUGAAAUGCAUUGCUGGAGAAAUUGUGGCUCUUAAAGACAGUACGACCAACCCUGAGAAACGCCUGCGCUCUCGAACCAUCAGCGCCGGAGGCAGCACGGCCAGAGACUCCAAAAUGUUCAGCAAAGCAGAGAACUCCCCCCCUGACUACACAGAGAUAAGCUCCAUCCCUCCGCUGCCUCUCUACGCCCUUCUGGCAGCCGAUGAUGAGGACACGUCACCAAAACCUGAUAAAGUGGGCAGUGUGAGUGGAGACAGUGGGCACGGUUCUAGUCACCCUGAUGUCUAUGAUGAGCUCUUUCAAGCGCCCAGCAUCGUGGACCUGGACCCUCUGGAAGAUGAUCAAGAGGAAAUGGGAAACAAGGUUAUUGACCUGUCGCAGUACAGUCCGACAUUCUUCGGUCCAGAGCAUGCUCAGGUUCUGUCCAGUCACCUCCUGCAUUCCAGUUUGCCCGGACUGACCCGUAUGGAGCAGAUGUCUCUCAUGGCGCUGGCCGACACCAUCGCCACCACAAGCACAGACCUCAAGGACAGCCAAGGCAAGAGUAAAGGUGGUGAGACGCUGGAUGAGUGCGGUCUGAAGUUCCUGCUGGCCGUCAGACUCCACACCUUCCUCUCUACCUCGCUGCCUCCAGCACACCGGGCACAGCUGCUACGGCAAGGCCUGUCGACAUGUCAUUAUGCCUGGGCCUUCCACUCCGAGGCUGAGGAGGAGCUGCUGAACAUGCUGCCUGCUCUACAGAAGGGAGAGCUCACCUGGCCGGAGCUGCGCUCCAUGGGCGUGGGCUGGUGGCUGCGCAGCACCAACAAGUUACGCAAGUGUAUAGAGAAGGUUGCCAAGACUUCUUUACAGAAAAACAAUGAUCCUCUGGAUGCAGCUAUAUUUUACCUCGCAAUGAAGAAGAAGGCAGUGGUCUGGGGAUUGUACAGAUCUCAGAGGAAUGCCAAAAUGACAGAGUUCUUCCGCAACAACUUCAGUGAGGACAGGUGGAGGAAGGCAGCUCUGAAGAAUGCCUUUUCUCUGUUGGGGAAGCAGCGGUUCCAGCAUUCUGCAGCCUUCUUCCUUCUAGCCGGCUCCCUAAAGGAUGCUGUGGAGGUGUGUAUAGAGAAAAUGCAGGACCUACAGCUUGCACUGGUGAUCUCCAGAUUGUAUGAGUCCGAGUUUGAAACGGCAUCCACCUACAAAAAGAUCCUCCGGAGAAAUGUUCUGGGACAAGACAAGCAGAUUCCCGCCCAGAAGGAUCCGUUCCUGCGUAGCAUGGCUCACUGGGUCCUGGAGGACUACAGCAGAGCGUUGGACACUCUCCUCGAGCAGCCUGCUGACAGAACCAGCUCCCGGUCCACGGAAAGCAAAUGUGACACCGGCUCCUCUUCAGUAUCUGCCUGUAACCCUGAGGUUUUCAACUUUUACACCUACCUUCGAACCCACCCACUCCUCCUUCGUCGCCACUUUGGCUCCUCGGAGAAGGCUAAAGUUGGACUGACCGCUGAGCGCCGCAGGGCAGACUCCAUCAGCCUGGAGGAGAGGAGACUGUUUUUCACAGCUGCUUACGCACACCUUCAGGCUGGGUGCCCCAUGCUGGCACUUGAAGUCCUCUCCAAGAUGCCCAAAGUCCGCAAGCAUUCCAAACUCCCACACCAUGAGGGUGCAGGCAUCGCGGCUGAACUCAGCGUCGGGAGCAAACAUGGACAAGGUUCAGAGCAGGACUGGUCUCAGUCGGCUCUGAACGGCUACGAGUCAGACAAGAACAGCUUGUGCAACAGCCGCUCAGAUUCAGUGUUGAGUUUUGACUGGAGCGGCCAGCCGUCGAUGGCACAUCCUGAUGAGCCCCUGGAGCUGAAAUGGGAGAGUGACAAAGAUGAUGAUGAAGAAGAUGAGGAUGAAGAAGAAACAACAAAUGGUAAGAGCGGCAGAACUGAAGACGGCAGCAGUUUGUUUCAGGAUGCGCAGGAUGCCAUGUCGCCGCUCAUGGAGACUGUGCCAGGAGAGGAGAGUGAGGAUGACUUCCUCGCUCCUUCUAAUGACAUCUUGGCGGCCCAGCUGAAGUUCACCGCCUGCCUGAAGAUCAUGACCAAUGAGCUGCGGACACUGUCCACGGGCUAUGAACUGGAUGGAGGGAAGCUACGUUACCAGCUCUACCAGUGGCUAGAGAGAGAGGUCGUGGCUCUCCAGCGCUGCUGCAGCUACAAGCCCUGCUUGCCAGAGCUGUCUGCCCCGGGGGGGGGCUCUGUCUCCGGGUUGGGCGAGGAGGAACAGCCGGGGAGCCCUCGUGCUGACAUCCAGAGGAGCAGGUGGCACUGGCUGCAGAGCAACCAGCCCCUACUGAGGAUGUUUCUGAGCUACUGCAGCCUACAUGGCUCCCACGGAGGAGGACUGGCCUCUGUGCGCAUGGAGCUCAUUCUGUUGCUUCAAGAGUCUCACCAGGAUGACUCCCUGCAGGCGGUGAUGCCAUGUUGCCAACCAACAUCCAUCCCCCUCCUGAUGGCCUGCACGGCAAACGUAAAGACGGUGGUGGCCAAUCCCAUCGUCUACCUGACCAACCUGGCUCAUGACAUCUUACAGACCAUCAAUUCACUGGACUCUCCUCCACACCCUGAUGUUGUCAACAAUGAGAUCUACGUGAUGCACACAUUGGCUGCCUCCCUGUCCGCCUGUAUCUAUCAGUGUCUGUGUGAUGGACACACCCACAGCCACGUGAACCACUUCACAGGAAUCGUGUAUCAGAGUGUUUUGCUGUCUCAGAAGCAGCCUGCCCGAACCGUCAGCAUGGACGAGUCCGUUCAGCCCAACACCCCCCCCGCUCAGUGGCCAGGUAUCGCCUCCCUGAUUCGCCUGUUGAGCUCGGCAGGCGAGGAGAGCCAGCCAGGCUUAGCUGUGCUGCUCUGUGAGAUCGUGACUGCUGUCUUCCUCAGUCUAUUUGUUCACGGCAUGGCCACUCACUCAAGCAACGAGCUGUUCCGCAUCGUGGCCCACCCUCUCAACAGCCAGCUUUGGGUGUCGGUGUUCGGAGGAGGCGCUCGGACCCCUGUCAUAGAGAAACCCACCAGCCUCACAAGAACACCGCCACCAGCCUCACCAAGCGGCUCAGACAGGAAGUCCAGGCGGUUCAGACUCCUGUCCUCACGCAGCGGAUCCAAGGACGAGUCGGGGAUAGAGCGUGAGGGCCCAUCCAGUCCCAAGCACAGCCCUGUAGUGAAACAGGAAGCUACCUCCAUCUUUAAAGAACGCUUUAUCCCUCCAGAGCUCAGCAUUUGGGAUUACUUUAUCACCAAGCCUUCACUGCCACAAUCAGAAAACCAAAUUGAAUACGACUCGGAGGAGAGCCAGGACAGUCAAGAUGAAGAGGAAGAUGAUGAUCAAUAUGAAGAUGUGUUUGACCCCAGCUCUCCGCACAGAGAGCAUUCAAACCACAACUCAUACAGUUGGUGUUUGAUGCGUCUGGCAAUGGUUCAGCUGGUGUUGGUCAAUCUCAAAACCUUUUACCCAAUGGCAGGAUAUGAUCUAUUAGACCUGCCUGUGUGCUCUCCUCUGUGUCACGCUGUGCUGAAGACGCUGCAGCGCUGGGAGCAGGUGCUGCAGAAAAGGCUGGAGAUCUUCGGGGGCCCCCCUUCGAAGUACAUCUCCACCACCCCCCAGGAUGAAACCACGGCGCCUGGCCCCGCCCUGCUCAGACACAAGGCCCUGUUCGAGCCUUCCAACACCCCAUUCAGGACUAGCCACCAUUCAGCGCUGCCAGUGAAGCGCUUGUGGCAGUAUCUGGUGAAGCAGGAGGAAGUGCAGGAGACUUUCAUCAGAAACAUCUUCACCAAGAAACGGGACCCCAAUGAGGCGAGUGAGGACCAGACUGACAAUAUGAAAUGUUCAGGGAUGGAGGAGACAGGAAACCAUCAGGCUGAGUCAGAUCUGGGCUCCCCCGGAGGGAAGUCACGCAUCAUCCACAAGGAAUCUGACAUCAUCACCGCCUUCGCCAUCAACAAGGCAAAUCGUAAUUGUUUAGUCAUGGCCUCCACCCAUGACAUCCAAGAGUUGGAUGUGUCAUCCAUCUUGGCCACACAGAUCUUGACAUGGAUCGAUGACGAGGAGGCCGAAGCCAAAGGUGUUGCCGAUGACUUCCUGGUGGUGCAUGCACGCGAUGACUUUGCCACCAUCCACGGCACCACGCCGUACACUCACAGCAGCCCGGGCACCCCCAUCAACAUGCCGUGGCUGGGUGGGGUGCAGACAGGCCGGGGUGCAGCCGUGAUGAUCAAGAGAAAUAUCAACAAUGUGAGAAGAAUGACCUCCCAUCCCACACUGCCGUACUACCUGACGGGGGCACAGGAUGGAAGCGUCCGGAUGUUCGAGUGGGGUCACUCCCAGCAGAUCAUCUGCUUCAGGAGUCCAGGCAACUCCAGAGUCACCCGGAUACGAUUCAACCACCAGGGGAACAAGUUUGGUAUCGUGGAUGCUGAUGGAGGUUUGAGUCUCUGGCAGACCAACACCAGUGGGACUGCUCCCAAACCAUACCUGACGCUGCAUUGCCACAACAAGACAGCAAACGACUUUGUCUUCGUGGGCUCCUCCUCCCUCAUUGCCACUGCAGGACUCUCAACAGACAACAGGAACGUGUGUCUGUGGGACACUCUGGUGACUCCUGCCAACAGCCUGGUGCAUGCGUUCUGCUGCCACGAGUCCGGGGCCACGGUGCUCCUGAUGGCCUCCAGGCAGCAGCUGCUCAUCACGGGAGGGAGGAAGGGCUGGAUCAGCGUCCUGGAGCUCGCCCCCCGCCACCAGCGCCAGAGCUUCCUGGCUCACGACUCCCCCGUCAAAGCUCUGGCUGUCGACCCCACCGAGGACUGCUUCAUCAGCGGGUCAGCUGAGGGCAACAUCAAGAUCUGGAGCCUGGCCACACAGUGUCCGCUCUACAACUUUCCCAACGAACACGCUCGCCAGUCGCUCUUCAGGAACCUGGGCACCGGCGUCAUGCAGAUCGAGGUGGGACCGGCCAAUCACAUCUUCUCCUGCGGCGCUGACGGGACCAUGAAGAUGAGGGUCCUCCCCAACCGCUUCAGUGUCGCCAAUAAUAACAACAACCACAACAGUGACGUCAAGUUCAUAAUAUAG